AUGUCGUCAACUAAAAUCCAGGUUCAAGGACAGCCACUUCCUAGGGUAUCGUCAAGAAACCACAGUAUGAGAAUUUCGGUUGUUUGCGCAGCUUCCAUAAAACGUCACCACCGUGUAAGUAGUGUAUACAGCCGUGAGAGUGGUCCAUCGUUAGGUUCUGUCCCAAAAAGAACCGACGAGAGCACGUUUCUUCGUGGCGACGGUAACGGUAGAUUCGGGAGGUUCGGUGGGAAGUUUGUACCGGAGACACUAAUGUCUCGCCUGAGAGAUCUUGAAGACGAGUUUAAUUUUGUUUUGAGCGAUCAUGAAUUUCAGGAGGAGCUUACCACAGCGUUAAGAGACUACGUAGGAAGAGAAACGCCUCUCUGCUUUGCCGGACGUUUAACUGAACACUACAAGAACCUAGCUCGAACCACCGGAGGCGGAGGUGGGCGAAGUGGUGGGCCCGAGAUCUUUCUGAAAAGGGAAGAUCUUAGCCACGGUGGGUCCCACAAAAUUAACAACGCUAUUGCUCAGGCCAUGAUCGCUAGGCGGCUUGAUUGCAGCCGUGUGGUGGCCGCCACAGGAUCCGGGCAACAUGGGGUCGCCACAGCAGCUGCAUGUGCGAAGCUGUCCUUGGAGUGUACUGUUUUCAUGGGAACCAUUGAUAUGGAGAAACAAUCCUAUAAUGUACAGUCCAUGAAAUUGCUUGGCGCUCAGGUUAAAUCAGUGGAAGGAACAUUCCAAGAUGCGAGUUCAGAGGCAAUUCGAAAUUGGGUGGAACAUCUAGGUAUCACAUACUACUUAUCGGGCACGGUCGUAGGACCACACCCGUGUCCGGUAAUGGUACGCGAGUUUCAAUCCGUGAUUGGGAAAGAGACGAGAAGGCAAGCGAGUCAGCUAUGGGGUGGUAAGCCUGAUGUGCUGGUGGCUUGUGUGGGGAGUGGCUCAAACGCCUUAGGUUUGUUCCAUGAGUUUGUUGGAGAGGAGGAUGUACGGUUAGUCGGAAUCGAGGCGGCAGGGCUUGGUCUAGAUUCAGGGAAACAUUCAGCUACUUUGGCCGUUGGGGAUAUUGGUGUAUACCAUGGUACCAUGAGCUAUUUAUUGCAAGAUGAUCAAGGUCAGAUACUUAGACCACAGUCCAUAGGAGUAGGGUUAGAGUAUCCCGGAGUUGGACCGGAGAUUAGCUUUCUGAAAGAAACCGGAAGAGCUGAAUUCUACACCGCAACGGACCAAGAAGCCAUUCAAGCUUGCAUGCUAUUAAGCAAAUUGGAGGGAAUAAUUCCAGCAUUGGAAACGUCUCACGCGCUUGCUUUCCUUGACGAACUUGUUCCUACUCUGCGCGAUGGUGCCAAAGUGGUCGUGAAUUGUAGUGGCCGUGGCGACAAAGAUCUUGACACUCUCAUCCAUCGAGGCAUACCAUCUUCUCUUUGUUGA